AACUGGAACUAAUAUUCAGUCUGCACACACUCACGGUGAACGAGUUCCGCUGUCACAACAGAUAAACAAUGACAGAAUCGGGGCCAAAGUUUAAAAUAGUCAAGUUUUUAAAGAUAAUUAUCGGUAGUUUCCUCAUCACAGUCUUGCUGUUAUUUACUAUAGCAUCUAUUAGGACUCUUUUACUGGACGUAAAUGUCGGACUUCAACUCGCACAUUGGGAAAAGACGAAAAACCUCUCGCUUGUCAUAGACGGCCAUCAGAGAGAGGAGCUCCUCACAAAUUUUAAAGGGGCUAUCCGGAUCCCCACAGUGUCUUUCUCCGAGACAGAGAUCAAUACCACCGCGCUGCUUGAAUUUGACAGGCUCCUCCGAAAAGCCUUCCCAACAGUUUUCUCCUCAAAUUUGGUUCAUCAUGAGUUGGUGGCCAACUACAGCCACCUGUUUUGGGUGCAAGGAUCACAGCCUGGCCUGGUGCCAUACAUGCUGCUGGCCCACAUUGAUGUGGUGCCUGCCACCGAGUCGGAUGGCUGGGAGGCCCCGCCAUUUUCUGCCCAGGAGAUAGACGACUUCAUCUAUGGAAGAGGGACCAUAGACGACAAGAGCUCUGUAAUGGGAAUACUUCAGUCACUGGAAUACUUACUAAGAAAAGGCUAUGCUCCACGCAGAGGAUUUUACAUCGGCUUUGGUCAUGAUGAAGAAGUCAGUGGUUACCAGGGGGCAGUGAACAUUGUGCGUCUGCUGAAGCAGCGUGGUGUGCAACUGGCGUUUGUCCUAGAUGAGGGCCUGGCUGUACUGGAUGGAGUCAUCAGUGGUCUUGAAGGACCCGCUGCUCUAAUUGGGAUAAGUGAAAAGGGCUCGGCUACUGUAAAGCUUAGUGUGUCUAUGGUCCCUGGUCAUUCCUCAAUGCCUCCCAGGGAGACCAGCAUUGGGAUCUUGGCUGCAGCAGUCAAAAGACUAGAGGAGAACCCUAUGCCGAGGUUAUUUGGUCAGGGGCCUGAACGUGGAACCUUUGAACACCUGGCCCAUAAGUUCAGGUUUCCAGUGAAGUUUAUAAUGUCAAAUUUGUGGCUGUUCUCCCCAAUCCUUGGCAGGGUACUAGAAAGAAAACCAGACACUAAUGCUUUUGUGCGGACAACCACAGCAGUCACCAUAUUUAAUGCAGGAGUUAAGAUCAAUGUCAUUCCUUCCCUCGCUGAAGCUUAUGUAAAUCUACGAAUCCACUCGGCACAGUCAUUACAAGAGGUCCUGGACCUCAUCCACUCCACAGUGCGGGACCAGCGAGUGAAGAUAGAGCUCGUUGAUGGGUUUGACCCUCUGCCCAUCAGCUCUGCUGAUGAAAAGUCGUUUGGCUUCCAGAUCAUUAAGAAAACUGUGUUGGACAUGUUUCCAACAGUUACAGUUGCUCCAGGCAUCUGUAUUGGGAACACAGACAGUCGACACUUCAAAGACCUGACCAGUGAUAUUUAUCGCUUCGCCCCAGUCUGGUUUAAACCAGGUGAUGCUCAGAGAUUCCAUGGCAUCAAUGAAAGGAUUUCCAAAAAGAACUACGAGGAGCUUGUAGUAUUUUACUUCAAUUUGAUUCAAAACUGUGACAUUCAGCACCUCCCUGAGGCUCACAGCUCUGUCCAUGAACUCUAAGGAAUUGACAGCAUUGGUGCCCAUAUCGUUGUUAGUUGGAAUAAAUUCACCAGCACUCAACGGGACUGUGGCCGGACUUAUGCCUUUGUCAUUACAUUUCUAAAGCAAAAAAAUCAGAUUCUACAUUUCCAGUGCUCUGUAAUUUUAGCUUUAUAGUUAAAAUAUGAUUCCUUUCAGUCUUGUGUGAUUAGAUAAAAAAAUUACCUUGUUGCAAUGAAAUAAUCACGGGUACAACUACAUGAAACUCCUUUGUGUUUGUGAUCAAGAUUUUGUGAUGGACUGCUGUGAUGGUUUUUAAACUUAAAAUUAUGAUGGUAAAAAUGUAUGAAAUUAGAAAAUACUAUUGCGCUGCUAAUACUGUAUUACUUAAAAUGAUGAACUGACUGAGGAAAUGACUGCAUAAAUAUUUCUGGCUGCUGAUAAGAGAUGGUACUAAAAUGUGCUACUUACUUUAAAAAUGCUAAAUUGUGAUAUUUCAAAGUGUAUUUUGUUACUUCUUUUGUUACUUCUAAUCACGUACAGUAGUUUAGCUUUUAAAGAAUGCUGUAGUAUCACUGACUGACUCUUUAAAAAUUAAUCUGGAUCUGAAUUUGCACACAAGCUUGACCCAGGCAUUGUUUGAAAAUACAACAAAUAACUUCAAUGA